AAACAUGUAGAGAUUAGCACUAAUGAUUUUACGGAUAUAUACAAAAUAAAAUACUGAAAAUGUCUAUAAUCUGUGAAGAGAUUUUUGAUGAAAUUAGUCAUCCCUCCGAGGAAGAAAUUAAAGACUAUGCAGUGAAAAUUGGAAUAGACCCAGAUUCUGAACCUCAGUUGCUUCCCAUAGCUGCUGAAGGAUUAAUGAAAGCCUUACCUGCUGGUUGGAAGCCUGUUUAUGACGACAAAUCAAAAUCGUAUUACUACUACAAUAACCUAUCCAAGAAGACACAGUGGGAACAUCCAUUAGACGAUAUAUAUCGAGGUUUAGUAAAGAAAGCCCGCACAGAAAGUCAGUCCCUCAGUAUUCACGAUAACAGAGAAGAUGCAACUUAUGUUACGGAUGAUAUUUUAAGUUUAGAUGAACCAGUUUCUAAUGUACCAUCAAAGAAAUUGGAUCCUGUACCUACAGGAACCAAAAAGAAGCUUACUCCUCUUAAACUCAGUCCAAAUGCCAGUCCAAAAAAGGAUUUUAAAUUAUUCAAACAGAAAUCUGAAGAUUUCAACGUUGGUCCCAAAAAGCUGUCUCUAGGUUUUAGUAGUUUUGACGAUGAGAAAGAAUCUGCUUCCAUGUUUGACCGGCAUCCUAGAAGUAUGGAACUGAAAGUUAUGGGGGGCGGUUCAAUGUUUCUCAAAUCAAAUACUUUACGGAAAAAUAGUGAUGUUGGCAUCAACUCCCUUAGCACAAAGACUGAAAUAUCUCAGGAUUUACAACAACCUAGAAGCAUUUUGCGAGAAAAGAAUUCCAUGGAACAUUCAAAAAGCUUGGAAUUCGAUAAACUUAUUGUAGACAAGUCCGAAAAGGACGACGACGACAAAAAAAGUGUUCGGUUUAAUUUGGAUAACAACACCGACAUCGGGAUUACCUUUUCAGACAAAAGUUCCAGCGAAGAAGAGCUUGCUACUAGUGAUAAAAAUAAACUAGAAGAUAUUAUUAACGUUAAAAUAACUCCCAGUAAGAACAGGUUUUCGGUCCAUCCUGUUUUGGAACCUUUAAAGCCAACUUCUUUGAAGUUAAUCAAGCCGAAUCCUAAAGAUUUCAUUAAACCGAAGUUAACUUUGAACAAGGGCUCAGACAGUGACGAGGAAACCCAUAGUUUGGAGAAAACAGGAAUAGAUCAUCCCGAUGUACUAUUCGAAUCUGAAAACUCAGAGUCAUCUAGCGAAAAGAUAGCGGAAAAAUCGAAAAAGUUAGAAGAAAAGGCUGGGAAGAAAGUAGAACAACUGAAACAAGAUAUUUGGGAAGAAAAAAACAAAGAGAUACUUAAAUUUAAAUCGGAUUUAGAAACGUCGCAUAAACAAGAAGUGAAAAGAAUUUUGGAAGACGAAAAGAUAAAGCAAGAUCAAGUAAUCCAAGAGGAAGUGAAGAAGUUAAAAGAGGAAUGGAAUUUAGAACAUAAAUCAGCUAUAGAUGAAGAAAAGACUAAAAUGAAUGAAAAACUUGAUAACCUGAAGACUGAAUUAGAAUGUAAGAUAAAAAUUGAGGAAGAAAAAUUAAAGGAAAAUUUUGAAAGUAAGAAAGAUGAACUGGAAAAGUACUAUGAGGAAAAACUAGUAGAUAUAGAAAAGGAAUUAGCUGAGAAAGUUGAGAAAAAUAGAGACGAGUUGGUUUUUACACAUAACGCAGAUGUUGAUCAAUUGAAGCAGAACCAUUCUAUCAUUAUAGAAGAAUUAAAAAGACAAUUUGAUGCUGAGGAGCAAGUUUUGAGAAAGGCCCAUCAAGCAAAAAUGGCCGAGUUGAGAAGUAAAUUUCAAGCGGAGUCGGAACAAGAUCGGGGCAAGCAUACGACAGAUGAGAGAACAUUUGAAAAACUCAGGUGUGAAAAGCGACUAUUAGAAGAUAAGUACAGAUGUUUGAAAGAGAAGUAUUUGAAGUUAAAAACAGAAAUAAAACUAACGAUGGAAAAGAGAAGUAAAAGAAAAGAACAGAGCACCACUACUAAUACUACAGGUUCUGAGACUGAGCAGAGCAAUUCCAAUAACAGAGACAGAAAAGUCUUGGAUAAACCACCAACUCCUAAGCAUUCAAAAAACGCCAGCGUUGAAGAGCGGCCAAAGUCGGAAACAAGAAAUGUUAAGCAGGUAGUGAUACAAGAUUUGGAUACAUCAGUCAGCGAUAAUUGUUACCAAAGUGACGACAAAACCAAUCAGAAUGACAGUUCAGAUAGUACUAAUCCAGGAAGAAGUAGAAAGAAGAUAUUUUCCAGGUUAAAAAGCUCUUCUACAUCUCGCAUAAAUAAUAAUUCCAAGCAAAGAAAACCUCAGAGAUCGUGUUCUCCAGUGGAAAAUCUUCGAAGGCAACUUCAGAAGUUAGAAGAUUUAGAAGAUCAGUUUCCGGAAAACGCUCAAGCUGAUACUUACCAUCUCAGAUACCCUUUCUCUGACGGACAAAAGUUUGAAGGAAGUUCCGAGUUGGAAUUCUUCAGACACCGAAUUCAUCUCGAAAGAGAUUCGAUCAAGAGAGCGAAAGAGAGUUUAAGGAGUCAAAAGAGUUUAUUUCAGCAGAGGCAAAAGGAAUUGAAAUUAAAACACGGGACCAUGGCUAGACAUACUUUACAACAGCUUUGCCAGCAACAGAGGCAACUAGAGACCUGCAACAUUACAUUUUUGUAACAUCCACCAUAUUGGUACUACUUGCACAUGCAAGUAGUACCAAUUACCAAGUACAAGUCUUGGUUCGAACAAUAUGCAUUAUUAGAGGAGGACCUGGAAACUUGGUUCGAACAAUAUGCAUUAUUAGAGGAGGACCUGGAAACAAAUCUGUGAUCUAUGAUCUCGUAUACGAAUGGAAUAGCUACCAAAUUACCUGCCCCAUUCAAUAACGCAGGAGUUAUAUCCACAUUAUAUGCAGCUAUAGUUUUCUUCAGUGAACAAGAAUUUUGUAAAGUACUAUUUUGACUUGUUUUUAUGAUAUUUAAGAAAUUAUUAAUUAAAGUCUUUACAACUGUAAAAAUAUUUAACUCCACACAGAAUAUUUCAAAAAUGAUGCUUAUGAUUUUAUGACUGGGUUUAGGACACUACUAAAAAUUAAUAUUAAGAGUAAAAAAUUAUACUAGUGUUCAAAUAUAAAUAAUAAAUUUGUUAAGGUUGUUACUUUUCGACA